GGACAAAUACUUCUCCCAGACAAAAGCUUUUAGGGACAGCACUCAGCAAUUCACUGAAAGAUGCUUGACUACAGUUUCCUAUUGGUUGCUAUGGCGAGUGAUGAUGCAAUCAAAGAAGGGUAUAAUACAAGACUAUGGAGUGGUGAUGGAUUUAAUCAGCCCGCAACCAAGGGAGUUAUCCAGGGAUUCUGGCUGUGGAGAGGAAGGCAAGACAUCACAAGCUCAGAUUCAUGUCUCAUGACUGAACAUUUAUUGGCCACUGCUUAAGAUAAAUGCCGAGAAAGAGCCGCCAUGAACAUUGAAGUCCGCAACGUCUCUGACACAAGAGCCACCAUCUCCUGGUCCACAAACAACCCCUGCCCCGAGAAUUAUUACCACGUCAUGUACCGUCCCAACUGGAACAGCGUCUUCGCAGGCUACUUGCGCCAGAACUUCCACCGCGAGGAGAGGGUCCCCCACUCCCUUAGCUCCCUGGUCCUCCACAGGCUCACUCCCUCCACCGUCUACAUCCUGUGCGUCACAUGUAAAAACUCCUACCCCUCCAGCAACCAUUGCACAACAUUUCACACUCUCGACCAGCACCCGCUGGCCUUGCGCGGCUUGAAGCAGGAAUCUGCCACCUCCAUGUGGAUGGUUAGUAGCCUAUUGCUUCUCUGCUUUACGGCCUUCUUGGUCUAUGGCUGCUUGCAGUUCUGGUCCUCCAGGUGCCACACAGUGUCAAGGCUGGGGCAGUACAGUGCCAACCCCGAGAGGGAAGCGGGUGAACAGACAAGCUCACCUGAGGGGACUCUGAGCACCAGAAUGAAGGAGGAGCUGUUGGAGGUCCCCAUGACGGCUGUCCUAAUGAGGAGUUCCAGUUUCACGACAGAGAGCCCGUAUAGGUCCCCCCACUGCUUCUUUCCAACCCAAAGCAGUGAUGACAAAAGGGCCAUCUUACCUCAGCACGGGUUCAAAUGAAAGGGAAAUAAAAGGAGCUCCCAGCAUGGGGAAAGCCUAGCAAUUUGUUUUUCAUUUCAGUGGGGCUGCUCUCACGCUGCAAAUGUUGACCUGACAUGCAUCGGUGUUCUUACUACAUUGCCUUGGGGUGGAAAAAUGGCAGCCACGGGUGACAAUUUUUGCCAAAUUAGAGAAAAAAAAUCAGUUCCAUUCUAUACUUGACAGUAAAUUUAAGAAAUCAGUAAAAAACAAGCCCCUAAGAAAUUAAGGCCACAUUCAAAUCUCAAUAAACUUCGCUUCAGUGGAGUGACGCCCGAUUUACACCCGCG